AAUAAAUGUGUAUAUUUAUAUAAGAUUUUAAGUGUUAACUAAUGGCUUUGUUAAUUACGUAAUCAGAUAAAUUCUAAUUCCUAAAGCGCAAGUCUGAGAUUGAGCGGAGAGUGUAACAUUAUGAAAUGUUGAAAGGUUUUGUUUUGUGCAUGAAGUAAAAGUAGCAGUGAGACUGUGAAUAUAAAGAUUUCUUUGACGAUGUGCCCAUUCCCUACAUAUUCAUUAACAAUUAAAUAACGUGUUUAAUGAUUUGUUUCACUUGCCUCCUAAAUUUCGGAUCUUUUUAAUGUCUUUUAUCACAUCUAAACAUGUCCAAUUGCAAUUUACCAUGAUGGGUCGAAUCGAGUGUCUUUGAAUCUCUUGAAAGAGAAUGACAAUAAUUUAUGGUUGUUGUUGGUCGUCGUCUGCUAUUGCCAACGGGCACUUAGAGAUAAACAAUCGAUUGAGAAAUUUAUAUCAUUGACGAGCAAUAAGAAUAGAAAAAAAUCUGCCAUUCGACUUUGAGAUUCGACGAGAGGUUGCAUCUUUUGCAAAUGACUCUCAUUUUCGUAACAGUUUAACAGCAAAUGUCUAGCAAAACAAACAGUUGAUAAAAAAUGUGCCUUUGCGAUAAGUAAUAAACGUACAAUUUAUUGCAAAACAUGAACAAUUUGGCAAAUAAACAUACUAAUUUUAACCAGAUCUUGACCAUACUUUUAGCAUGUUUGGUGGGAUUGACUGGAGGAGCUUUGUUCGCGUGGCCUUCACCUUCGAUCCCACGACUGUUGGAUGGAUCUCACGUUAUCCAUGUGUCUCUGGAAGAAGCUUCGUACCUGACAGUUUUGCCGCCCAUAGCUGCUGUUCUAUCGUCAUUUAUAGUUGCUCGUUUAGUUGAUAAGAUUGGAAGAAAACCAAUGUUAAUGUUUAUAUCGGUGCCGCAUAUGCUUGCUUUUGCAUUGAUAGCAUUUGGAAACUCGAUUUGGCUGUUCUACUUAUCGAGAUUGAUGUCAGGGAUUGGAGAUGCCGGAGUUUAUGCGGUAUUGCCGAUGUACGUGGGUGAAGUGGCGACUCCAAAAGUCAGAGGUAGCUGGGGUAAUGCCAUGGCCUUCUGUAUAUUCUUAGGAUCAUUCCUUAUGAAUGUUAUAGGAGCCUACUUCUCCAUCACAGUCACAGCUUUAAUAUUAGGCAUUGUACCGGUGGCUUUCUUAGUUGUGUUUUGUUUUAUGCCGGAAACGCCAUACUUUUACAUAAUGAAAGAUAAACACGAGGAAGCAAAACUUGCAUUGCAAUGGCUCAGGCAGAAGGAAGAUGUGGACGAAGAGUUUACAGAAAUGUUGCAUGCCACAAAAAAACAGUUGACUGAGCCGAGCAAACUGAAAGAUCUAUUCAUUGUGAAGGCUAAUAGAAAUGCGAUAGUUGCCGGAGGUGUCUCAAGAUUUACUCAACAAUUUUCAGGCAUUGCUGCUUUCACCGUCUAUUCCCAAUACAUUUUCCAAGUAGCAGGCGGGUUUCCAGCGCAAACUGCUGCAAUUCUAUGUUCAGCAGUUAUGACCCUCUUCAGUUUCCUCGCUUCUUUCCUGUUGGAUAAGCUGGGCAGACGGAAAGCGAUGUUUUUAUCUGCAAUCGGAUGUAACCUUAUAUUAAUUAUGAUGGCAAUUUUCUUCUACUUGAACAUGGAAACGAACGUGGACAUGUCCAAGAUGAUGUGGUUCCCUAUCGGUGGAAUGAUCCUUUUCAUUAUUAUAUUUUCCUUAGGUUUGGGCAUGGUUCCAACCUUAAUGUUAGGUGAACUGUUCUCUUCGUCGGUAAAAGGAAACGCCCUCGCCAUCAUGAACAUUCUGUAUGGAAUCUGCGUAGCCACCAGCACGAAGAUCUUUCAAUCAUUACUCUCGGCUUUCGGCCUCUGGAGUCCGUUUGUAUUUUAUUCGGUGUGCAAUUUAGUUGGUAUAAUUGGGUGUUACUUCAUAUUACCCGAAACCAAAGGAAAAACGCUUGACGAAAUCCAGAUGUCCAUGCAAGGAAAGAAAAGGGAGAAAAGGGAAAUUAUCAAAGAUUGUGUCACUCAUAUAUAAUUAUUUACUUAUUCUUUUUAAAAUAGAAAAAGUUUAGAAACUUUGCACCGAAAUAAAUGUUCCUAGAUUGAUUUCUUGCUUCAAUUUCAUGAAUUAGAUUAUAUGUUAUAAUAAAUAUGUAUUUUUUUUUUAAUUUAAAACAUUAACCAAUGUCUCUGAUAAAUAUUUAGUUUUUUUUCCUGACGAACAAGCGAAGAGUGUCACAUUAUGAGAUGUAGGAAGGUUUUUAUUCUUUAUUUUUUUUUUUUUUUGCAUGAAUGAAUAGUUGAAAGGUUUUUGGGGGUGGUAAAGAUUUUACCUUUAGCUUCGAGUUUUCUCUUUGCUUUUCAGUGCCGGAGGGAAUUACAAAAUUGUAAAUGGAGUGAGCGAGACCGAGAGUUUGGUUUAUAGAUUCGCAUUCGGAGUCUGGCCAUUUAAAAUGCAUGAAUAUUCAUGCAAAAUAAAACGGAAUUAUGGAAUGGAGGGAGUGGGAGAGGGAAAGAGAGAGAGAGGAAACGAAUGAAA